AUGGCGGCCGGAAAUCAGAUGCAUAAUAUGACGACCCUCCUCAAGAGGCUGGAGGCUGCAACCUCUCGCCUCGAGGAUAUGGCCGUAUCCUUUGACGGAACAAGCCCUACGACUCAUGGCAACGUCCCAGUGCCUAUUCAACCUGCAGCGCCUGAGCCACCCAAACAAGUCGUCCCACCACCAGCACCCGCCCCUGAACCAGAGCCGGCGCAAAUCCAGGACUUUGACGAGCUCAUCAAGACCGACGUGCAGGCCUUUGUCGAUCUUGGAAAGAAAAUCGGGGGCGUGGUUGGUGAACAGGCUGAAGCAGUCUUGCAAGCGUUCCGAGCUGAACGUACCUUCAUCCUCGUCACGACCAAGGCACAGAAGCCCGAUUCAUUGCCGCCGGCGCUCAUCACCGAACUCCACAAAGCCUCCGAUACCGCCAACAUGCUUAAGGAAUCCAAUAGACCUUCUCCGUACUUCAACCACCUGAGCACCAUUGCCGAGGGAAUCUUCGCCCUCGGAUGGUUUUCCGAGCCCGAACCUGCGGAAGUCGUCAAGAGCAUGAUUGGAGGUAUUGAAUAUUACGGAAACAUGGUUCUCAAACAGUACAAAGACAAAGAUCCGUUGCAUGUUCAGUACAUCCAGGCCUACUAUAAAGUUUUCAAGUCCCUUGCUACAUACCUCAAUAAGCACUACAAGAAGGGCUUAACAUGGAACAACCAAAGUGGCACUUCUGCAUUGGAUGCGCUCAAGCAAAUUCAGUCCGGCUCAUCCAAAUUUGCCCCAGCCCCCGUUCCAGCUCCAGCUCCAGCAGCAGGCGCACCUCCUCCUCCUCCACCACCACCUCCGCCACCUCCUCCACCGCCUCCCCCUGCCGCGGACCCAAGCUCGUCUGGCGAAGGAGCAGACAUGUCUGCAGUAUUCGCCGAGUUAAACCAAGGCGACUCUGUAACGUCGGGCCUCCGCAAAGUCGACAAGUCUCAAAUGACGCACAAGAACCCAACCCUCCGCGCAAGCUCCGUUGUUCCGCAACGAUCAGACUCAACUAGCAGCUUGGGAUCACCCAUCAACCGAGGUAAAUCCCCCGCACCAGGCAAAAAGCCCAAACCCGAGAGCAUGCGCUCCAAGAAGCCUCCUCGCAAGGACCUUGAGGGCAGCAAGUGGCUCGUGGAGCAUUUCGAGGGCGUCCCCGAACUCGUUGAGAUCACCGCACAGCAGAACCAGUCCAUUCUGAUUUCGCGCUGUAACAAAACGGUCAUCAAGAUCAAUGGCAAGGCCAACGCCAUCUCCAUCGACAACUGCACGGGACUUUCGGUUAUAGUGGACUCGCUGGUUAGCAGUCUGGAUGUCAUCAAAUCCAACAAGUUUGCUCUGCAAGUCGACGGUGUGGUGCCCACUUUGUUGCUGGACCAAGUCGACGGCGCAACCGUCUAUCUGACCCCUGCAAGCAUGAACCUGGAGGUGUUUAGCAGCAAGACUUCCAGCGUCAAUAUCCUGCUUCCGCCAAAGGAGAACACCGACGAUGAUACCAAGGAAUGCCCGCUGCCUGAGCAGAUUAAGAGCUAUAUCAAAGACGGCGUCUUGGUCAACGAGAUUGUCGAACAUGCCGGUUAG